UUCUAAUUCGUUAGGACAAAUCCUACAGAAAUUUGUGUAAGCUAUUAUUAAAACUGAUGUGUUUUUUCUGUGGUGCUUCAUUAUAAUAAUAAAUAAGUGAGAUUAAAGAUAUAAAGUGAAGUAAAAGAUAUACAGUUCAUUUGGUGAAUUGCAUCUUUCGAAAUGGAGUGCAUUACUAGUACGUGUCACCGAUUUACAUGGCCAAUGUUUUUCUUGCUGGCAAUAUUAUUUAACAUAAAAACAACAGUUUCCCACUCGGAUGGACUUUUCACAUUAACUGACCAUGAUUCCCCAACAGUGUCACCUAAAUUUCUAUCGCGUGGACAUUUGUAUAAAGUAAUAGUUGGUGAAACUAUAGAACUCCCUUGUAAAGUACAAAAUCUUGGAUCUUUUGUGUUGUUAUGGAGAAAAGGUUCUUCCGUUUUAACAGCGGGUCACUUAAAAAUAACGAGGGAUCAAAGAUUCAAAAUUGUUGGGGACUACAAUCUUCAAAUAGCAAGUGUGAAAACACAAGAUGCCGGUGACUAUAUAUGUCAACUUGGAGAUCAAGAAAAUCGGGAUCAAGUUCACACUGUCGAAAUUUUGGUACCGCCAACACUUCGUGCAUUACCGCACAAUGGACAAGUUACUGCUCGCAAAGGCAGUACCGUUACCUUAGAAUGUAAGGCUUCGGGUAAUCCAGUGCCGACAAUUUAUUGGUUUAAAAAAGAUGUAUUCGCGGGCCCUACACAUUUAUCUGAUAGCUCAACUUUAAUACUAGAGAACGUGGAUAGACAUCAUGCUGGAAUCUAUCAGUGUUCUGCAGAUAAUGGAGUAAAAGAACGUGUAUCAAUGGAUAUACAACUAACUAUUCUUUCACCACCGGAGAUAACUGUCGAGAAGUCAUGGGUGCAUGCAGCUGACGGUCAUGAUGUAGAACUUGCCUGCAUAGUUCAUGGAGAUGUUAAUUCUGAGAUGCUAUGGUAUCAAAACUCGUUUCUAUUAGAUCCUACCGACAGAAGAUCAAUGCAAUCAAAUGACGAUAAAUAUACCCUAAUAAUUAGAAAAUUCCAGCCAUCUGAUUUUGGAAAUUAUAGCUGUGUUGCCGAUAACGCACUUGGUAGAACGAAAAAAUAUAUUGAAGUAUCUGGACGUCCGGGUCCUGCUAAUUUCAUAUCUCCAGCUUUGAGUGGCUAUCUCGAUCAUUACAAUUUAACGUGGACUAUUGAAUCAAUACCCGCCCUCGAUGAAAUUAAACUUUUAUAUAGACGGCUAUUGAUGAAUGAAACGUAUCAACACCCAGGGAAAUGGCAUGAGAAUCAUAUAAAUCCAACAUUAAUUCGAUUUGAUAACACUCACUUUAUCAUGUCACAUGUGAUAAAAAAUUUGGAGCAUAAUGCAGUGUACGAGGCUAUUGUACAAGCCAAAAAUAAGUACGGAUGGAAUGAGAUUAGUGACAUUCAUCAAUUCUACACCAGAAAUCAUGACCUUUUACUUGACAUAGAUAUGGAAUAUAAAAUGGGAAUUUCGAAUGGAAAGGGGCAAUCGCACAAUUCCAACAUUAUUAGGGCACUAUUUGUUUAUGUAAUUUUUCACACUUCAAAAGUUUGUAUUUAAGGACUUAUUACUUUAGUAUUCAUUAAAAGAUGUGCCUUAUUCUUCAGUUCAAUAUUUAAAUUGUUAUUUUAGCCUUUUUUGGUAUUUCACAGUAUAAUUUUUUUAUAAUAAAAUUUAGUACGUAGUCACUGGAAACCGUUACUAUUUUACAUAUUCCUUAUAUUUAUUGGAAAGGAAAUUAUAUUUCUCACAAUCGUUCCUAACCAUUAACAGCCAACACUUAUUAAAAAUUUGGUUUACGUCUGCUAUGUUUUGUAUUAUACUAUAUACAAUUUUAUUAUAAUUAUACCGGUUACAAUUAUCCGCAAUAUUUGUAGUCCUAUGGUAAAAUUUUCUUGAAAAGAGUAGGAUUUCGGCGUGUUGACUGCAAAAUUAGAAUAAGAAAUACAAAUAAUCAAGACUUUAUUUAUAUUCUGAAAGUGUUGGUAUUCUUAUUUCGUUUAUUAAUUUUUUUCUUACAAAUACCAAUUUCAUCCAUCACUGCUGUAAAUGUGUUCAAAUUAACUCCUGCAAUGCAAAUCAGAGUUUAUGGUGUAUGCUAUCAAUGUUAACUAUGAAAUGUAAAUAUACAUAUGUAUGUAUGUAUAUGCGAGCAAAGUAUUUUGAACCGAGUGUGCUAAGUCCUGAUAGUUUCGAAA